AGUGAGCGGGAACUGAGCCAGGAGAGCUGAUCCUGUAGAAACCUGCCUCCUUGGUCAAGGGUUUCUUCUGAACACAACAGAACAGCUGUGGGAGGGUUUCAAGUAGGGGAGUAACCUGGUCAGAUUUGUGUUUUAGAAACCUAGUCCAACGGUAGCCUGGAGAAUAGAUGGGAAGAGAGGUACGACCGGAGUUUGGGAGACAUUCAGUCAACAAGGAUAAACACAGAUUAUCCACUGAGUGCCUACUGUGUACCAGGCACUGCUCCCUGGCCAUGAAUGAGCCAGACAAGGAACCUCUAUCCUGGAGCCUGACAUUAAGUAUAGAAGCAAGAUACAUGGAAUGAUACCUGCGGGGCGAUACGAUGGGGAGCGACCGGGAGGUGGCGGGGGGGUGCUUUUUCAGACAGUGUGGUGAGGGAAGGUUUCUGAGGAGGUGACCUCGGAGCUGAGGGAUGAGAAGGAGCCAACCAUGGGAAGAUCCAGGAAGAAGAAACAGCAAGUGCAAAGGUCCCGAGACAGGAGUGAGCUUGGCGUGUUUGAGGAAGAGAAAAAAGGCCCCAGGUAUGAGCGGCAGGGGAGCAAGGUAGGAGGUGAGAUCCCCGCAAAUCUCCUAGGCCACGGUGCAGAUACUGGGUUUUAUUCUAGAUGUGGGAAGCAAGAAGCGGUGUGAGCUGGUUUUGAAAGUCCUCUCUGGGUCGAGAGUGGGCUGUGGAGGGACCAGUGAGGAGGCUCACCUCCGGGUGAGGUGGGUUGGCAGAAGAGAUGGGAGAAGGGAAGGCUGGGGACGGGCUUCAGGCCCCCUGGCUCGGCCCGUCGCCCUUUCUGCUGCACCCCACGGCCAGUGAGCCCCAGAGUGGCCGGACGAACCUCAGAGAUGCUAACAUCUUAGAGUUAUGUAUGGAUUUGUCCCUAACAGGGCAGUGGACCAAUGCCCACAGACCCGACCCCAGAGUCUACAUCAAGCUAAUCCAGGAGUGCCGGGACCUGGACCGAGAGGGAGAGUUCUCCACCUGCUUCACAGAGCUGCAGCGAGACUUCCUGAGGCAGCGUCCGACCAAGGUGAAGAGCCUCAUCCGCCUGGUGAAGCACUGGUACCAACUGUGCAAGGAGAAGCUUGGGAAGCCACUCCCACCCCAGUACGCCCUGGAGCUCCUGACCGUCUACGCCUGGGAGCGCGGGAACAAGCAGACAGAUUUCAGCACCGCUCGGGGGUUCCAGACCGUCUUGGUAUUAGUCCUGAACUACCGGGAGCUUUGCAUCUACUGGACAAAUUAUUACGACUUUGAAAACCCUACCAUUAAACAGUACCUGAAGAGACAACUUAAUAAAUCCAGGCCUGUGAUUCUGGACCCGGCCGACCCUACAGGAAACGUGGCCGGUAAAGACCGGUACAGCUGGCAGCGGCUGGCAGAAGAGGCCAGAGUCUGGCUGGGUUACCCAUGCUUUACCAACAGGGAUGGGUCUCCGGUGGUCUCGUGGAACGUGCAGCCUGAAGAAAACUAUCCAAACGAUUGGUUUACCUGUGAACACAGGACAUAUCAGCACCAUGAUUAUGGAUGGCGUCCUGCACCCUCUGUGAACCUCAGCACGGGCCUGGCAGCAUCCGUUCCCCAGAAGGAAGAUGACUGGACGUGUGCCAUCCUCUGAAUGCCAGCCCAUCUUCGGAGGAAGGGCUCCAGAAUCAUCCAGAUCAGCCCCCUCAUUUUGGAGGUGGGGGGGGGGUCCCUUGAUCCAGAUAGCAGAAGACGGCCCCCAAAGCAGCGGUGAAUGGGUGUCAGACUUCAGACCCGAAUCCAGGUUUCCUGGCCCCCACUGUUCCCCCAUUCAGUGGUCUUUCAACCCAUCAUAGAUGACGUUCCCUGCAGCCCCACCCUACCCCAGCCUGAUCUCUGACAAUGUUCUCUGAGAGACAACCAGAGAGCCUUAACUGUAUUCUGUCUUCCUAGUAGGAGAGUUCUAGUCCAAUUUCUCGUCAGUAACAAUAAAAAGAAGAGCAAAUACCGUGUGUUGGAUGUUUAGUCACU